UUUUACUAUUUAUUUCGAACAAGAUGGUUAAUCCAGAUCUCGAACCUGAAAUUAGACACGAAACUGGUUCUUUAAUCAAACCAGUAAAACUGUGGACAAGAAUGGAUAAGCUUUUGUUAAUAUUUGGUGUCGUCAUUAACCUUGGAGAUGGAAUGGAAAUCUAUUUGCCUGGAGUGAUAACACAACAAGUUUCGUGCGAAAUUGAACUUUCUCCAUGGAAGGAAGCAAUACUGGACUGCAUACAGUACUCCACUUUAGCAGUUGCUGUCGCCUUCUCAGGAAUAUUGGCUCACAGGUUUGGGUGUAGAGUUGUGACUCUGUUUUCCCUCUAUUUGAGCGCUAUCAGCACAGUUGCCUGUGCUAUAGUAGCUAACUACACCACACUUUUCAUUUCUAGAGCCCUUAUCGGGUUUUCUCUUGGACUCAAUUUUUCCGUCCAUAGCGUCUUGAUUGCUGAGCUGAUUUCUAGUAAGAAAGUUCUUGACGAGAUGGUGAUGGCAUUGUUCGUAACGUACAGUGUCGGAGGAAUGUGGUCGGCGAUUCUGGGAUACCUGCUGUUAGAUGUGGUAGGAUGGAGGAUUUUCAUUCUUCUGACAUCAUUACCUUUCUUCAUACCAGCCAUUUUCAUGCUCCACUUUAGUUCCGCGUUGACAUCAGGACAGAAAACGGGACAAACUGUGAAUGAGCAAAACCAAAAGGAGGAGAAGGAAACGGUGUCUGCGACUGUUCCAAAUUUUGUUGCCAGAACUACAAAACUAGGGUUGUUCGGCUUUGUGGUCUUCUUCCAGGGCUGGCUUACUAUUCUUCUCGUACCCACUUUAAUCCAGGCCUUCAAGAUCAAGGAAGCCGAACCAAACAGUGACUGCUCAGUGACUGUGACUCAAGGAAAGGAACUCCUGCUACUGGCCCUCGUCACAUUUGCAGCUAUCCUCGGACGGUUAUUCAUGCACUUCACGAGGAAGAAAUUCAAUUUUCGCAAAUUUCAAGUGAUAGUUGCCAUACUGAACGUGGCGAGUUUUGGAGGCAUGCUUGCACAGGAUCAUCUUGCAGUAGUUGUAACAACCAACUUCAUCGUCAAGUUCUUGUAUGGGGUCACUGGUAUGGCCAAUGGUUACAUUCUCUACGACAUAGAUUACUUCGGAGCGGAGAGGUUUGCUCUUGGCUCCAGUGUUUCGCUUGCUAUGAACUUGGUUGGAGGUGCCGUUGGAACGUCUAUGGUGGCUUUUGCACCGCUACCUUCUGUUAUCAUCACUGCGUUAGUGCUCAGUGCUCUGCAGAUUCUGGUGGUUCUCUCAAUGACAGAAGUCAACUUCAAAACAGGGCUAUGCAAUUAAUUUUUCAAUUAUAAACUCAGAUGCAGUCACUUAAACCUUUAAAGACGAUUAGUAUGAAGUUUAUAAUAUUUUUCGUUGACAAAAGGUAAAUAUUGUAACCAUUUCGGAGUUGUUAGGUUUGCAGGUACAUUUGUAAAAGGUGUGUAUUGUGUAAUAUCUUUCUUGAAGUUUUCCACACGGAGUUUCUUUCAAUGUUUCAACUAAAUCAGCACCGAUUAUUAUUAUUAAGUAUUAACGUUUAAAAUGUUAAAAUAAUGAUUUAUUUAUUUUAAGUCAUUUGUUUGUGAUAAUUUGCCGAUGAAAAACAAAAAACAUAGUUGGUGCGAUUAAAAAACUAAUCGCACUGAUCUUCUGAAAGUCUGAAUAUCGUGUUCCGCAAUUUGCUGCGUGUGAGUCACAAGAUCGAAUAAACUUGACAGAUACAGGCACGUGCCAACGUAUUCACUACUCUGAGAGUUGAGGUAUCUGGUAAAUU